CGAAGCAACGAUGGGUCGCCUCCGAUUUCUCUCUAUCGACUCCUCCAAAAAUUUCCAGGUCUCAUCGCGAUUUCCUCUCUCUCUCUCUCUCUCUUCUCUCUCUCUGCGCUGUCUGUUUUCUGUGUCUGUAGUUCAACAUCCUUCGUAGACUCACUCGUCGUUGAUCGCGCUUGAACUUACCGAUCGGAUCGGAACUGUCGGAUUGUCGGUGACAUCAUCGGCGGCGGUUUUCAGGUUCCGGCGGGGUACUUGACCGGCGGCAUCUGUUGGCGGCGAAGUCUGUUUGAUUGUUCUCGUUUUGAGGUCGAGGUUGCGAACUAGGGUUUUGGAUUUCCGGUUUUUGGUUUUUGGAAUUCGUUCUGGUUGUAGCAGUUAUGCCUCGGAGUUCGCGGCACAAAUCGCACAAGCAGAGCAAGCACAGUUCCAGGGACGCCAGAGAGCACUCGGACUCGGACUCGGAUGUGAAGAUGAAGGAUAGGAGCGGGAAAGAGGAGGGUUCAGUUAGGGUUUCUAGGGAUUCGGGCUCCAGUGAGAAGCGGAAGCUGUCGUUGGUUGAGGAUCCGUCUGGUUACCAUAAUGGCGAUUCGCCUGAGGAAUACGAGGGUUCGAAGCGGCGCAAAGAGAAGAUCGAUGUUGGUGUGGCGUCAGAUAGGUGGAAUGGCGGUGGGGAUGGUGUGGCGGUGGAAAAGGAAAUUAAAGGGGAGAGUUCAAGGAUUGACGGAGAGAAAACCUCAAAGUCGAAAGCCUUGGGUGAUUCAAAGAGCAAAAGUAGUAGAAGGCACGAUGGUGCGAGCGAGAAGAAAGACGAGAGUGUGGAUAUAGUGGUGGAGAAAGAGGAGGGUAAGAAUUCCGGCAGAGUGGAUUCGAAGCGGAAGUCUGAAAAAGAUUCUGGGCGAAAAGAGGGUCAACAGUACAAGGAUUCGAAGGAGGCAAGCAAGGAACGUGAGAGGAAGAUUCAGGACAUCAAACAAGAAUCUCAUUCAGUGGAUAUUGGUGAAGAGCGACAAGUCAAGCGUGGUAGAGAAAAUACUGAAUGGCAUAUACAAGAUGAAUUACGAAAUCCUGAGUUGGAGAAGGAACUUGAGAAACGGAUGAGGAGGAGAAGAGAUGGCUCUAGUGACAAGGAUAAAUGUCAAGAUGAUGUAAAAGAAAGUGAAGAUAGGAGACUAUCUUCACGGGGUGAGCGUUCCAAGGAUGGAAGACACAAGGAUGAGAAGCAUAAGGAUGGAAGAUCUGGUGAUAAGCAUCGUGAAGAUGGUGAUAGAGCUAAUAGACAGAGAGAUGAUAAGUACCGGGAUGAUACUGAGACAGAUAGUAGACACAGGGAUGGUGAUAGAGAUAAUAGACACAGGGAGGACAAAUACCGAGAAGAUGGUGAGAGAGAUAAUAGGCGCAGGGAUGACAAGUACCGUGAAGAUGGUGACAGAGAUAAUAGGCGCAGGGAUGACAAGUACCGUGGAGAUGGUGACAGAGAUGCUAGGCACAGGAAUGACAAGUACCGAGAAGACAGUGACAAAGGUAAUAGGCACAAGGAGGAUAAGUAUCGAGAAGAUGGUGAUAGAGACAAUAGACACAGAGAUGAUAAAUACCAUAAAGAUGGUGAGAGGGAUUAUAGACACAGGGAUGAUAAAUAUCAUGAAGAUGGUGACAGGGAUGAUAGACUGAGAGAACUUAGCUAUCUUGAAGAUGGCAACAGUGAUGGUAGUAGGAGGCCAGAGAAGAAUAGGGAAGAUGUCAGCAAUGAUAGUAGACACAGGGAAGGGAAGCAAAAAGAUGAUGGUGAAAAAAAUAAGAGAUUCCGGGAUGUCAAGUAUCGGGAUGAACGGUCCUCAAGAGAUCAUGGAAGUGAUAAGUCUGAUAUCAAAAGUUUGAGGGAGGAAAGUAAUGAUGCACAAUUUCAUCAGAUGAAAUCAAAUAACCGUGAUGCUAGUCCAAUUUUUGAUGAUCGGGGUACCAGAUACAAAGAUGACAAAGGGAGGAGAAGAACAAGUGAUAAAGAUGACCACAGUGAUAUUAGAUCCCGGAGUACCAAAGAGCAACAUCUUGACUCUGAAAAGAAAUCUAUGAGCACUGCUAGAGUAGAGUCAGUCAGUGAUAGGGGAAGGUCUUACUCUCGAAAUGUUGAUGUGGAAAUUGCUCAAAACCACAGCAGACGACGGAGUUCCCCUAGCUCUAGUUCUCAUACUGCAAAAGAACAUUACAGGCACUCAAAGCAUGAAGAAUCCAAAUAUAGGGAGUAUGCACAUGAGGAGAGAGAUAGACAUAAUGGAAAUAAAGAAUAUACUGGUGCUGCUGGAGCAACUGAGAAGGCUUCUCUACCUCGCUCAAUUGAGAAACCCUUUCAAAAAGAUGAUGGCCAUUUGGUUGAGUUCUCUGCUGAGAGGCGUUCAAGGGAUGAUGCUCGAACUUCACCAUUGCCGAUGGUUGAUAAAUCACCAUCUUCAACGAGUACUGACCGGAGAUAUUUGAAGCGAUCUAAUGUUCGCAGAAGUCUUGAUAUUGAGGACUCCGGCCAGAGGAGUGGUGGUUCAAUGGAUGCGAAGGACUAUUCUGGUAGGGAUGGCAGGGGAAGUCGUGAGUUGCCUAUGGAUACCCUUCCAGGAGAUGAGCUAUCUCAAGCAGAUGGAGACACUUUGUCUGUCUCUUCUCCUUUUAGUAGAACUGGUCACUUGUCUGGCAGGUCCCUUCUACCUCCUCCACCCCCUUUCAGGAUGGACAGUCCUCAUGGUUUGGGCUCUUUGGAUGAUGACAAUAGAGGUAAGUCAGGCAAUCGUCAUAGGAGGAUUGGUGAUCCAAACAUUGGAAGAUCUCAUGGAAGUGCUUGGAGAGGUGUCCCAAAUUGGCCACCUCCCAUGGCAAAUGGUUUCCUACCAUUUCAACAUGGUCCGCCUCCUGUAGGUUAUCAUCCGGUUAUGCCACAAUUUCCUGCUCCAAUUUUUCCUGUUAGAGGCUCGAUGGAACUAAACCAAUCCGGGGUUCCUUACCAUGUCCAUGAUGGUGACAGAUUUUCUGGCCGUGGGCAUUCACUUGGUUGGCGGAAUCCAGUGGAUGAUCCACGCCCUCCAAUUCAUGGAUGGGAUCCAAACAAUGCUGUUUUUGGGGAUGAAUCUCACAUUUAUCGGAGGCUGGAUUGGGAUCAUAAUAGAAGUGGUGGGCAGGUAUGGGAGACCAGUGGAGACAUGUGGAAGGGGAAAAGUGGUGGUGUGAGCCCUGAGUUGCCAGCUGCAACUCAGAAAGAGGAUUAUCCAGCUCGUAGACUGGGAGAUGAAGUUUGGCCUAGGAAAGAACAGCAAGAACUGAAUGAUAAUGAACAACUCGGUGUUCAAGUUGAGAGUAUUGAUAUUAACAGGUCUGGUGAUGCUCUUGAAAGGAAUACUCCUGAAGCUCCCAAAACUAUUCCUGAUGAGAGACCUAACCUUCCAAGAAAAGAUGACACACUUACUUCAACUUUUUAUCUUUCCAUGCUUGACAUUUCAGCAGAUCUUACGCAUCCUGAGUUGUAUGGCCAGUAUACAAAGUUGAUUGGCAUGGAUCAGAACACAAAUACCGAGGAUGAUGAUUCCAAAUUUUUACUUGUAGAGGAGUCUGUAGAUGCCACAAUGAAGAUCUCAAAUGAAACUUCAAGGGCUUCACUUUUUCCUAUGACAAAUGAUUCUGUUUUGCAGAAAGCAAUGUUCCUGUACAAGAAGACAAGGGAAGAUGUCACGGCUGUACAUGGAGAUAAAGUAGCAUUUCCUAAUGUGGAGAAAAUCACGUCUUCUCUGACAUUAUUGGUUCAGGAGGGAGUUGGUUCAGAUAAUGACAAAAUAGGGAAGGUGGUACCAUCUUCGGAUCAACAAGAAGCAGAAGGUGUAGUUUCAGCUUUAAACAAAGUGAAAAUAGAAGACUCUCCUGCAAUCACCGGUGAGAAGAUAGAUAUACCAGUUUUGGGUGACGGCCAGGAGGAACCACCAGACUCAUCAAUUGCGGCUCUAAAUGAAGUGAAACUUCCAAUGGAUUCAGUGUCAAAGCAGGAGGGGACACUGGAUUAUGCUGUUGAAAACAACGCAUCGUCCCCAAAAGCUGUAGAAAGCCAAAAUGUCCAUUCACCUAUUAAGGUUGAAGAUAUGCACGGGGCAACUGCAGCUGAAGGUGCCACUGACAAUGAGACACAGAAGCUGCAUGAGGGUAAAUGCGGUACCCUGGUUUUUCCUGAUUUGUCUACUACUACUGGGUCAUGUGAGGCAGUAAUGAUGCCGGAGUCGAUUGAGUCUGGGUCAGUAAAUUUAAGUCGGAUACAUCAAUCUCCUGAAAGUACACAUUGAGACAAUUUAUUUUCCAUGAGUUUUUGAAAUGCCUCUCUUAUUUGAAAUAAUGCUUUCUAUCA